AUGGAAGGUUCUGAAUUAGAAGGCAUGGGAGGUUUUGAAUUUGGUGAUGAUGAAUUAGGUUCUGAAUUUGGAUGCUUUGAAUUAGAGAAGUUUGAAAGUAGCUCUGAAAUGACAAUUGUAUCAG